UGUGUGCAAAUAGUGACACUACACUGCAAGGUAAGGCAACCCACCCACUAUAGCUAUGCAUCACCUGUUGGAGCUAUGUAGAGUACAGUGGAGCCUAACUACCGAAUGCAUUCAACCAAAUUCUUUAAUCUACAUAACAAUAAGCGGGUUGUAUGGAGGGGAAAGGUUGAAUCCUAACAAUCACUCAGCUCGUCUCUGAAUCAUAUUGUUUAAGUAAUCACAGCUAUUUCUGAUGUCUGGGUUAUACGUAGGCGUGUGGGCUGGAACCGGGGAGCCUCCAGUACAACAGACUACUGCAGCAUUGGAUACUGAAUUAAAUCAGGAGGCUCCUACCACAAUACCAUCAGGCAACGGCAAUGAACAGCUCACAACACUGCUACAGACCAAUCCCAAAACAACGGAAGGCUCUUCCACGGAGGCGGCCACACUAACUGUACCAACAACGGAUGAGCUGAUACCCGAUACCACGCAGCCGCAACCGUCGACUCAACACACAAUGACGUCACAAACACUGACCGAUGGAACACAAACCACCGAGAAGCAUAAUAUGACUGUCACACAGAAACCUCUGGAGGUGAUUCUCACCGCUUGCUUCGACAACGCGACAGAGGGAGAAGCUAGCGCCAAACCUUACCGACCGCUGUCAUUCUCGAGUGGAACUGAGACAGACCGUCUUUCUGUCAGCUUCUACUCACCAUUUCUACAGACCAAACCAGGUUAUCAUUAG